UUCGAAUUGCACAAACGUACAUUCUGAUGAACUGCCCGGAAGUUAUUCCGUAUUACAAUGAUUAUAGACAAAUGCUUUCUCAAGCUGGUUAUUCCAAUGAGGUCAUUGAUGCGACAAUCGACACUGAUUUUCUAGGAUGGUUCAAAUCUACGAUACUCAGUGAAGCUAAAAUUUCUCCUGUUGAUUCUUUAUUGGAGUCAUUAGCAUGGGGUCCUGAAACACUUGUGAGGUGUUGGUCUAUAUAUUUUAUCAAUGGCUACAAAUAUCAUACACGGGCUUACGGAGACAAUAAACUCACUAUGAACAGUGGUGUGAGCGUGUCGACUUGUAGUUAUGACAAUUCAGAGACUAGUUUUUUUGGAUAUGUGGAUGAAAUACUGGAAAUGGAAUUCCCUAGCCACAACAAGUUAUCGUGUGUAUUAUUCAAAUGCACUUUGGUGGUUCCAGUGAGGGGGUGAAAAAGGAUCACAAACAUAACUUGGUGGAUGUUAAUCACAAGCGUGUGUAUUCGAAAAAUGAACCUUUCAUAUUAGCUCAACAGGCUGCCCAGGUGUAUUACGCGGAAUAUCUGUCGACAUGGAUCAAUCGCACUGGCUGGGUAAGUGCAUGCACUAUUAGACCAAGAAAAGUUGUUUCUCACGCGGUACAAAAAAACAUUGAUAUUGAUGUUUACCAACAAGAGUUUUUCCAAGCCCCAGUUCGAGACAUUAUUGAGGAGGAUAUCUUUUUGAAAGAUUCUUCUGGAGCAAAAAUUGAGCUUGACCCCAAUGAUG